CGACUCCCUCCUUGCACUCACAGUCAGUCAGUGAUCUGAGCAGAAUCUGGCAAAGUGCGCUGCAGGGAGCUCGCUGGCGCUAGGUUCAUCGUGGACAGUGUGCAGCAUCAGAACGUGAUGAAGUCAGCUCAAGCCAUGGGUUCGACGCUCAUGGUAGCAGCUCUGCUAAGCUGCGUGGUGAUGCCUUCGGAAGCAGGGAGAGCGUUGCUGACUUACGGCACGCCCACUACUUACACUCCUCCCACAACUUAUACUCCUCCCACUACUGAUACUCCUCCCACAACUUACACUCCUCCCACUACUUACACUCCUCCUAUUACUUAUACUCCUCCCACUACUUACACUCCUCCUACUACUUAUACUCCUCCCACUACUGAUACUCCUCCCACAACUUAUACUCCUCCCACUACUUAUACUCCUCCCACUACUUACACUCCUCCCACUACUUAUACUCCUCCCACUACUGAUACUCCUCCCACAACUUAUACUCCUCCCACUACUGAUACUCCUCCCACAACUUACACUCCUCCCACAACUUACACUCCUCCCACUACUUAUACUCCACCAACCACAUAUACUCCUCCGACUCCGCAGUCUCCUCCUUACACUCCCCCCAGCCCACCAUCAGGCGGCUACUAGGACGAUCGGCGUCUCGUCGCUGCACGCACAGAAUAAAUGCGUGGCCUGAAACAUCUUGAAACUGAGCUGCUGGAAGAGCAAGGUCGUCGUUCAGGGAAAGACUGUUGGACUCGAGCUCUGUGUGCACCCAUGUGGCUGCUGAAGGAUGUGGGUUUUGCAGAAGCUACCUCCACUAGUAGACUCGGAAUUAUUAGCAAUCUUUGUGUAAGUGUGUGUGGCUGAGUUAGUUCAGCCAUUGUCAUCAUCGGUAAUUGAUCAGUGGAUAGCAAUCGGAUACCAAUAAACGGAGCAUUUUGGAACUCCGAUCCAUUCUCAUCCUUGAAUUAUCCAUCUAGACUAUUCCUCAUUUGUUUAUGAACCUCUUCUGUGAACAUGAUAUUUGUGUGUUGCAAAGAGGCGAUCAUUAAUUUGACUUCAGCUCUCAUUCCAUGUA